CCUAUUGGCUGUUUCAGUCACAUGACUGCAGAGGAACCGACCGACACACACAGGGAUAUCACAAACAUUAAAAAUAAAAAUAAAAUAAUCGGUAUAAUUCGCUUUAUCAGUUAAUAAUCUCUACCCGGAUUAACUCCACAUGUUUCAUAAACCUCUGGAUGUGAUUAAAGGAAGUUAAUCUCUUUAUUAAGGAGACUCAGCCGAGCUUCUGGAGCCGCUUCUGUUUUUUAAGUCUAAUCACCUAGACCGGGACAGACGGUAGACGAUGUCGGGGAGUUUCUACUUCGUCAUGGUGGGUCAUCACGACAACCCUGUGUUUGAGAUGGAGUUUCUCCCUUCUGGAAAAACAGAAUCAAAGGAUGAUCACCGACACCUGAACCAGUUCAUUGCUCACGCAGCCCUGGACCUGGUGGAUGAAAACAUGUGGCUGUCCAACAGCAUGUACCUGAAGACUGUGGACAAGUUUAACGAGUGGAUUGUCUCUGCGUUCGUAACUGCAGUGUGUUCACAUAUCAGGUUCAUCAUGCUCCACGAUGUUCGACAGGAGGAUGGAAUCAAGAACUUCUUCAACGACGUUUAUGAUUUAUAUAUCAAGUUUGCGAUGAACCCUUUUUACGAGGUGAACACGCCCAUCCGCUCCACGGCGUUCGACAGGAAAGUUCAGUUUCUGGGGAAGAAACAUCUCCUGAGCUGAUCUUAAACUGGAUCUAUUCUGUUUUCACUUGUUUUUGCUUUAAAAUUGUGUGAUUGUACAGAUUUUAUGUUUGUGAGUUUAGUAUUUACAGAUCCUGUGAUCAGUCAUUUCUCACUUUGUCAAUUGUAGGAAUUGUGGUUUUCAGUCUGUACAGUCAUAUUAAAUUACAUGCAUUUAUAUUCUAACUAAAUAUAUUAUAAUAUCAGCAGACUGCUUGUGUGUAUGAUCAUAUUCACCUAAUAAAAAUCUGUCAGUGUA